GUGAACCCCGCAGUUUCUCAGUCCAUGGGCGUUACGUUGCCUUCACUCGCGUAAAUUGCGGCGGCCAUUUUUAGAAUCAUUAAAAGUAAAUUAUCAUUGAAUAGGCAAAGUGCAAAAUAUUGGCAAUUUUUAUCAUUAACUGACGAAAUUACUUAUCCAAAAGUAUUUUAACCAGGUAUGUCCCUCUAAAUUUUAUCUUACCUCUGGUCCAAAAUUCGUAAACCAGCAGCUAUAUAUAAGUAACGCCGGAUUUCUUUUUGAGAUAAUUACCUAUUUACAUCGUUGUUCAACUAUGCCUUUUCACAGCCGCUUAUUACGAUUUGUUGGUUUUCGAAUUGCUCGUCGCAAAAAUAAAUAAAAAUUAAUUCUUGAGGCUGUACCGGUAACACUGAGUUCGUUUACCUACCGGCGCAGCGGUGGACAAUGUUGGCGGGAAAAUCGAAAAGUUGCCGUCAUAACAUACUUUUCCUUAAUUUAACGUCUCUGCUAUUCAUAGCUAUGGCAGAAGGGAAUGGUGAAUUGGCAGGAGAAGAGUCGAUGAAAGUCGAAGAUAAUCAGCAGAGGACGGAAGAUUAUCAGAAAUUACUUGAAUAUGGCCUAGACGAAAAAGUGGCGGCAAAACUUGACGACAUCUACAAGACUGGUAAAUUGGCCCACGUCGAUCUGGAUGAGCGGGCUCUUGACGCAUUAAAAGAAUUUCCAGUUGAUGGUGCACUUAAUGUACUGGGACAGUUUCUUGAAUCAAAUCUGGAACAUGUUUCGAAUAAGUCAGCUUACUUAUGUGGCGUAAUGAAAACAUAUCGUCAAAAAAGUCGAGCUGGAUCAAGUCAAGGUCCACCUACACCUGCCGCGGCUCCAGUCAAGGGGCCCGAUGAAGACAAAAUAAAAGCAAUACUUGAGAGAACAGGAUACACAUUAGAUGUUACAACAGGUCAGAGAAAGUAUGGUGGUCCUCCUCCAGGUUGGGAGGGUCCAACUCCUGGUCCCGGUUGCGAAGUGUUUUGCGGCAAGAUUCCAAAGGAUAUGUAUGAAGACGAACUGAUCCCAUUAUUUGAACAGUGUGGUACAAUUUGGGACUUACGACUAAUGAUGGACCCAAUGACGGGGACGAAUCGGGGCUACGCAUUUGUAACCUUCACAGGACGCGACGCUGCCCAGGCAGCCGUUCAAAAGCUGAAUGAUUAUGAGAUACGGAAGGGCAAAAAGAUUGGCGUAACCAUAUCGUAUAACAAUCACCGGUUGUUUGUGGGCUAUAUUCCAAAGAACCGGGAUCGGGACGAUCUGUUGGAAGAGUUUUCCAAACAUGCACCCGGCCUGGUUGAGGUGAUAAUCUACAGCUCCCCCGAUGACAAGAAAAAGAACCGCGGUUUUUGUUUUCUUGAGUAUGAAUCACACAAGGCGGCGUCGUUGGCAAAACGGCGCCUUGGUACUGGUCGUAUCAAGGUUUGGGGUUGCGAUAUAAUUGUCGAUUGGGCCGAUCCACAGGAGGAACCCGACGAACAGACGAUGGCCAAAGUAAAGGUGUUAUAUGUACGCAACUUGACGCAGGAAAUCACGGAAGAGAAAUUGAAAGAAGCAUUUGAACAAUAUGGGAAGGUGGAGCGGGUCAAAAAGAUUAAAGACUAUGCGUUCAUACAUUUUGAAGAACGAGAGCAUGCCGUUAAGGCUAUGACAGAAUUAGAUGGCAAGGAAAUGGGUGGAUCAAAUAUAGAAGUGUCAUUAGCUAAACCGCCGUCUGAUAAAAAGAAAAAAGAAGAAAUUCUGCGUGCUCGAGAGAGAAGAAUGAUGCAAAUGAUGCAAGUUCGAGGGGGCAUGAUGCCAGGCGCUUUGCCUAUGCGUGGUCCUCCAGGUCAAGGUCCGAGGACUGGAACUGGAAUGCGAGCCGGACCCAUGGGACGGGGCGACUACGAUUACGAUUACGACUAUUACGGUUAUGGGGAUUAUCGAGGCGGCUACAGUGAUCCUUAUUAUGACGAGUAUUACCGGUAUGAAGAUUACUAUUACGAUUAUCCACCGCCGGCCCCACCCCAAGCUAGAGGAAGAGGCCGACAACCACAACCGGAGUUGGACGAAGGAACAACGCUGAGUUCUACCGGUUUAUUCUAUGAAGUGAGCUGCGGAACGCAGGCUGGCCGUGGGCGUGGGGUGGUGGCGCGUGGGCGAGCCGGUGGGCCCCCGGCCCGUGGGGCGCCGGCCAACCGGGCGGGCCGGGGCGCAGCGGCCGUGGCCCGUGGAGCGGCCCGCCAGCCCGCUCGUGGAGCAGCCCGCGCCAAGGGAAGUUUACCAGGUAAGCGGAAGUUAGACGGGGGUCACCAGAACCAGGGGGAGUCAAAGCGCAGAUACCAGAGCAGCUGGGGUAACCAGCCACUGGCGCAGCAGCCGCUGGGAGCAGCGGGCCUGAACGGAGAGCAGCAAUGGUACCAGGAUUCGUACGCCGCCUGGAGCUAAACAACAAAAUCGUUACUAUGCAACAAUAGCAAGCUAGUAAGCAAACCAACCAACCAACGUCGUGUUGUCGUCGUCUUCGUGUGUAGUUUUUCACACACUUUCCAAUUUUUUUCUUCCCCCCUUUUUCUUUUUUCGAUCAACAAAAUAGCAACAGAAACAGCAGCAGAAGCAACAACAAAACAGCGGAAAAGUAAAAGUGAGUGCCUGAUAAGAAGAAGCGAGUGUUUAAUAGCGGACGCCCGCGCAGUGUAUAAAAAAAAGGAGACCUAUUGUGUGUGUCCGCUUGCGUAUACGUGUAUAGUAUGUAUGGUGUGUUCGUACUAGUGGUUUUGCGUCCGGGAGAAGCAAAUAAGCGGAAAGGGAAUAGGAGUGUUAAUAGAUCCGUCUUGACCGUUAGGCUGGUUCAGUAAUGGUAUACGCGUGAUACGCAAGCCUGACCUACCGGUUAUUAAUGAAGCCAGCCAAUCAUAUCCAUUGUCGUCAACCAGUGGCGCCACCACUACGUUAGUAACAUGUUUCGAAGUUAUCCACAACAUUUAAAUAAUAGUAUUUAUCUUAUGGUGUCCCCGGGAUAUAUGUAUGUAUUUGUUUUAUUUUUUCAUUUUUAAAUGACAAGAGCGCAUUACAAAAUAUUUUCUGUCUUGGUUGAUUAAUGAACAAUACUUGCUUUCAGCGAUACCAAUCGUUUCUUUGAUGGAUGUUUUAAAGGGAAACUGACAAAAAAAAAGUUAAAAUAUAGCAUAGUCGUAUAUUAAAUAAAAAUAGAUUUAAUAAUAGUAAUUAACACGAGAUUGAUAUGUUGUUGGACUUUUCCAAAUUUUGUACUUGUUCUGCUCGCUAAGCUAUUGCUCAGUAAAUUGUUGUUUGACGGUUUUAUUUAUGUCCUUUUAAAUAUGACGUUGUGUUGUGUUGUUUUUCUCUCGUUUAGUUUUUGAUUUACUUAGUGUUUUUAUGUAAGUAUAUAUAUAAAUCGAAAGCGCUUAAAAGAAUUAUUUGCACCACCGCGCAGGCACUGCGCCCCUUGUUCUGGAGACUGUUACAUCGCGGGGGCGCCGCCCGUUUAUCGAACAUAUUAUAUAUCGGAUCCUAAACUUCUAUUUUAUUUCUGACGAUUAAUUUUUAGUAUUUGGAAGGGUAGCAGUUGUGACGACAAUACGUUAUCAGCUUCCACCCUCUGUGUCUUAAAUUUCUUGCGCGUUCGUAUCGUUCAAAAAAAUGAUACGUGAUCUUUUUUCCUUCUUUCGCGAUUAGUUUUUUGCUAGGUAAUCUUUGAAUAAUAAGUGCUUGAAAUGGGAGGGAGGCAACAUUAUACCUAUUCAAUUUGGGGCGGGCUUACGGCCGUGGCGUUCAAAAAAAUUGCAUGCUGAUGUUUUCAAAUUUCAUUUUGUUCUUUAAAAAGAUCUCAUGAAGGCAAAUGACGAGAAUAAGUAAAUAUUGUUAUAUAUGUGCGGGUUGUUUGGCAUUAUAAGUGAUUUUAAUAUCGGAAUGAUGCGGCUGCCUGGCGCGCGAACAGACCGCAGUAAAGUCCGGUCGAAACUGGACUUUUUAGAAAAAAAAAUGGAUGGAGGUUGGGGACGCGCAAAAUUCGUAUUCUCAACCGUUGCGCGCAGUAAUGAAGCAUGUCUAAUUGGAGUGAAUAAUAUGCUAACAUCAUCUAGCUAGUACUACUUUACUACUACAUACAAUAGUAAUAAUGGAUAAUAGAAAUAGUAAAGUUAUUAUUAUUAAUGUAUAACAGUGAUGAUACCCGCAAUUUUUUUUAUUCUUGUGGGCGUUAAUGAUGAUGACGCGUCCGCUUUGUGAUGUAUUUUAUUACGAUAAUAACGAUAACUUGCGGUAGCAGUGAACGAAAAGAAAAUUGUAUUUUUCUUAAAUGUAUAUCUAAAUUAAACCUUUUUCAGCUGUUGGUGAAAGAUAAAAAAUCAUUUGGUGUUUAAACGAUGCAUUUAC